GCUCUAAUCGAGGUUCAGUUACAGUCGACACUCGCCUUUGGCCCUCGACACAUCAACAAUGCAGCUGAUCGUUGUAUUAGCAACCCUCGUCGCUUUGACACAAGCGGUGCCAUUCGCAAGACGCUUUGGGCCACGAGUCGUCAAUGGAAAAGACGUUAAAUUGGGCGAACUACCUUAUCAGGUAGCGCUUAUCGCGAGGGGACAUGGUUUCCCGGACACUUAUUUUUGCACCGGUUCCAUUCUCAACAAGUACUACGUCGUCACUGCAGCCCACUGCGCCCUCGCAGUGCUAGAGGAUAUGAUGUACGUUGUCGCUGGCACUGUCGACUUGGAACGUUAUUUGUGGAUCAGCAAAGUUGAGGAGGCAGUAGUUCACCCUGAAUUCGAUAUGGAACAUUCCAUCAGCAAUGACAUCGCUCUCCUGAGAGUCGAAGAACCUUUCGAGUUCUCUGAAACUGUGUCGCCUGUACCACUGGCGGAAAGGGGUUUCGAAACACCAGCUGGGACGGUGGCUACUGUGUCUGGUUGGGGCUAUCUCAAGAAUGGUGGUAAGGCGACGACAAAACUUCAGCGUACCAAUGUACUUGUCGCGUCCCAAGAAUUGUGCAACGAAAUUUACUCCCAGUCAGGAAUGCCUAUCCGAGACAGCCAAGUCUGCACUUUCAAUCCUGAUGUCGAGACUGGCGCCUGUCACGGUGACUCCGGAGGUCCUUUGACCAUCGAUGGGAUAUUAGUAGGAGUAACGUCUUGGGGAUUCGAGUGUGCUUCGAAAAAGUGGCCCGCCGUCUUGACCCGUGUUUCUGAACAUGUCGAUUGGAUAAACGCUAACGCUGUCUAAUCGACGAGCCCGGACUUGGCUCGGCGUACAUCAAAUCCUGUACAAAACCUGAUUUUGCUCAAGAAUCACGUCUGAAACAACUUUCUCGGUUGUUUUCUCUUCUGAACACAUUCUAUUCGCGGUAUGCGAAAAGUCUAUGAUUUUGGAAACUCCAACUCGCCAAUGUUAUAUUUUUGGUCAGCUUGUGUCAGUGCCACAAUUGAAAUAAUUCUGGAUCUGUUCGAUCACUCAACCAUUUCUUUGUUUUAUUUUUUCUUUGAAUAAUCUGUCAUGAAUAAUAGAAUGAACACGAUAGUUAUGCUAAUGUGUGUAAAUGAGGAUUGUAAAAAUUUAAAUAAAGGGUAUUCAAAAAA